UUGAACGGCCCACACAAUAAUGCUAAAAGUAUUCUCCUAAUUAUGAGGCUAAAAUACGCACUUUAGUGAAUAUCGUCAAACAGACUGUUAAAACAUGUUUCCAUGUGACUUUGCGUGGGGGGCAGCCACUGCGGCGUAUCAAAUUGAAGGUGGCUGGCAAGCGGACGGGAAGGGUCCAAGCAUCUGGGACACGUUCUGCCACGAGGGGGGCCGAGUGUGUGAGGAGCAAACAGGCGACGUGUCCUGCAACAGCUAUGAAUUGUGGGAAAAAGACCUGGCGUGCAUCCGGCGGCUUGGACUUACACACUAUCGUCUUUCUCUGUCCUGGGCCCGCCUCCUUCCCGAUGGGACCACGGAGCAUGUCAGUCAAAAAGGUGUGCAGUACUACAACAAAGUGAUUGAGGACUUGCUGUCAUGUGACGUGUCACCUAUGGUCACGCUUUACCACUUUGACCUGCCUCAAUCGCUCCAGAACCGAGGUGGCUGGAAAGCAGCCGCCAUGGCCACCAUCUUUGACAGCUACGCCCGUUUUUGCUUCCAAACGUUCGGCGACCGCGUCAAACUUUGGAUCACCAUCAAUGAGCCGUACGUGUGCGCCAAGCUGGGCCACGAGGAUGGCAUCCACGCGCCAGGGUUGAAAGAACCGGGAACGGCGGCCUAUCUGGUGGGCCACAACAUGCUGAGAGCCCACGCCAUGGCUUGGCACAGCUACGACUCCCUCUACAGACCAACACAAGGCGGAGUGGUGUCACUUGCUAUCAAUAGCGACUGGCUGGAGCCGUUACAUCCUGACUGUGCCGAUGACAUUGCUGCUUCUCGUCGUUGCUUUGCAUUCACACUCGGUUGGUUUGCCUGGCCGCUGUUUGUCACCGGGGAUUAUCCGGAAACGAUGAGGGCAGCCAUUGACACUCAAAGCAGGAAACUGGGAUACAAUGGCGAGCCAAGACUUCCUACUUUCUCCAAACAUGAACCUCCUGUGUUCGGCACUGCUGACUUCUUUGCCUUAAACUACUACACGUCCCGUAAGGUCAAAGCCGGGUUGGAAUGCAGGCAAGGGAUGUCCAUGAAGAGCGACCGGGAUGCGGAAGAAGUCUUGGAUCCAGAAUGGAGUAUUUGUGGAGUGGCCUGGCUGGCUGUGGUGCCCUGUGGCCUACGGAAGCUCCUGAAGUACAUAAAGGACACUUUCCAUGACCCAGUGGUCUACAUCACGGAAAACGGCUUCUCUCAAGUCGGACCGCUGGUAAUGGAGGAUGCUCAGCGUGCAGAAUUUUACAAGGACACCAUCCAGGAAGUGGAAAAAGCAAUUGGAGAAGAUGGCGUCAACGUCCGUGGAUACUUUGCAUGGUCUCUCCUAGACAACUUCGAAUGGGCCGACGGAUUCAGCAGUCGCUUCGGAUUAUUCCACGUGGACUUUUCCGAUGUGGGGAGGAAGCGGACGAUAUACCGCUCAGGCUUGGAGUAUGCGAAGGUGAUCUCAAAAUACAAAGCUAUGUACUCCAAACCAUAGGAAAAAAAUCAUUUAGUCAAAAUGUACAGUAUUUAAAACAUUUAUUUAUAUUUAGUAACACAUUUUAAAUAAUACCCCGCC